AUGUCAGCGGAUGGAAGACCAUUACCAGAGGGAUGGAUAGAGGAUUUUGAUCCGCAAUAUCAAAGAAAUUUUUGGGUUGACGUGCGUAAAGAGCCACCGGUUUCAAUUUGGCAUCAUCCACUUGAUGAUGCUGAGUAUUCUAAUAAAUCGUUUGCACCGCCACCAGGUCCACCACCGGGAGCAUCACCUUAUGAGGAGAAACCACCAGUACCACAAUCACAGCCAUCACCGCAGCCUAGAGGAUCAUCACCGUAUAUUCCCCAAAAGGAAUCAAAAUCUAGUAAAAUAAAGUCAUUUUUGGGAUUGGGAUCGUCAUCGAGGCCACAGGGUUAUGGACAGGGUGGAUAUAUGCAACAGCAACCGAUGCAGCAACCAAUGUAUCCACAGCAACAGUCAUAUCCACAGCAACAACCUUAUAUGCAACCACAGCAACAACAACCUUAUAUGCAACCACAGCAACCAAUGUAUGUACAACAGCAACGACCAAGUAAAAGAAUGGGCGGUGGAGGAGGAGGAAUGGGCAGUAUGCUUCCAAUGGCUGGUGGUUUAGGUGCUGGAAUGCUUGGUGGUGCAUUCUUAGCUCAUGAGUUUGAUGAAUCCCAGCAAGACGCGUAUGAAGAUGGAUAUGACGAUGGAGGCGGUGGUGAUUUUGAUGACGGUGGCGGUGGAGAUGAUUUCUAG